UCAAAACAAAGAAAAUCCCAUCUUCACCAACCAGAGAGACUGCAGUUCUAUUAAUGGUUUCAUAAGUAGUAUGCAACCUUCAUGAACGGCCUCCUCGCUUCUCCGAAAAACCAUCUUCUUCUUUUCUUCUGUUUAAUAUUGAAAAUCUAUUCACUGAGCUUUCAUUUAACAGCAGGAAAAUCCCUAUCGAAAAGCAUUCAUUUCCCUUCAUGCCCAUGGUUGUCGACAGCAUAGCACAAUUCUAGCCAGAUAAUAUUUUCUAGCUUGCACACCCAUUUUUCUCCUGUGACCCAAUGCAAGAAAGAAUGUCCCUUGCAGAAUUUGUCAAAGAUUCAAUUGCCUAAGCUCGAGAAACUGACUGGAAAAAAAUCUGGUUGUGGGCAUUCCCAUCUCUCAAAAUGUUUAGACUUCCAUACGAAACCAAGGAAAAAGAAGGUAUUUUGGUAUACCCACCUCCGCAAUCAUCUCUCCCUUCAUCAUUCUCUGCUUCUUAUCAUAGCGGUAACUAUGAGGAAGAAGCGACCCCCACCUCAUCUCUUAGCAGAAUCAGUCCAUUACUCCUUUUGCUUAUAGUAAUUCUGGCAGUAAUUUUCUUUAUUUACGGCCUUCUCCAUUUACUUGUAAGAUUUUUCAUGAAAAGGCCAUCUUCUUCAGCUAUUUAUCAAUCAAAUAGAUUCCCAGACACGUCCGGUUCUUUUACUUUCCAAAGGCAGCUUCAACAGCUCUUCCGCUUACACGAGUCAGGUCUAGACCAAGCUUUCAUAGAUGCUCUACCUGUGUUCUACUACAAAGAUAUAAUGGGUUUGAAGGAGCCAUUUGAUUGUGCCGUUUGUCUCUGUGAGUUUUCUGAACAGGACAAGCUGAGGUUGCUUCCUACGUGUAGUCAUGCUUUCCACAUUGAAUGUAUAGACACAUGGCUUCUGUCAAACUCAACAUGUCCUCUCUGUAGAAGGACACUUUUGGGGCCAGGUAAUCAUAUAGAGAUUCCAGUAUUUAACUUUGAUGUUUCCAGGGAGCUAUCAAAUAGGUUUCUUGGUGAUGGAGAGAGUGGGUUUUCUACUAGUCAGAAGCCAAUCAUUGAGGAAACUGUUGGUGAAAGGAGGGUCUUUUCUGUGAGACUUGGGAAGUUCAGAAGCUUUAAUGAUGGAGUAGAAAGAGGAGAGACAAGCAGUUGUAAUUUGGAUGCUAGAAGGUGCUAUUCAAUGGGAACAUCACAGUAUGUGGUUGAUGAUUCAAAUCUGCAAGUGGCAUUUUCUGAUGGUGGUGGUGGUGGUGGUGAUGGAGAUGGCAAUGUGAGGCUUGUCAAAGAGAGAGGGUACCUUUCAAAUUUUUCAGUUAAUGGGGAUGUGGAGGGGAAGAAAAUCAGUGGCCGGACUAGGGGUGAGAGCUUCUCCAUAUCUAAGAUCUGGCUCUGGUCAAAGCACAGCAGAUUCCCAAGUUCUUCAAACAAUCCUAUGGAUUUGUCGCCUUCUCUCAAUGAUGUCAUCACUUAAGGAAGUCUGUGGAAAACACUAAACAGGCUUGAUUACUGUCCAUCACCCACAACUUGAG